AUGGCCCUGGCCGAGGGCGGCUGGUGCCUGCUGAAGCGCUGCGGCUCCGACGAUUCGCCGUGCCCCUUGGCCGCCAGGGAGCUGCCCGGCCCUUCGCCGUCGCCCUCCUCGUCCUCGGGCUGCUCCCCGGGCGGCAGCACCGGCACCGGCCGGACCUUCAAGCAGGAGCCCGGCGGAGCGCUUCCGGCCUCGCCGCAGCCGCUGGGCCUGGCCGAGGGCCGGGCUUUGCUGGGCCCCUUCGUGUCUCUGGCCGCCGCGCCGUCCAGCCUGCCCAGCUGGGAGGACCUGCUGCUCUUCGCUGACCUGGAUCAGACCAACAAGCUCAUCUGGUCCAGCCGCGCCUCGGCCAAGCUGAGCCCGGAUCCCGCCCCGCCGCCGCCGCCGCUGCCCGUCGAGGACAUGUACCCGCACCCGCACGCCCACCACCCGCACGCGCACCACCACCACCACCACCCGCAAGGCCUGCAGGGCGGCGCCUACGACGGCUCUUCCCCCGGAGGCGGCGGCGGCGGCGGCGGCUUCGUGCCCUCCUCGGCCGGCUCGCCCGUCUACGUGCCCACCACCCGCGUGGGCUCCAUGCUGUCGCCCUACUUGCAGAGCCCCGCAGGAGCCGGCCAGGGCGGGGGCCCAUCGGCCUGGCCCCCGCAGGCGGGUCCCGAGAGCCCGUCCUCCUCCUACGGCGCCACCGGCGGCGGCUGCGCCCACCCGGCCUCGGGCCGCUUCGCCUACCCGGCUAGCAGCCCGCCGGCCACCAACGGCGCUCCCCGCGAGGCCGCCGCCUACAGCCCCCGCGAGCAAUUCCGGCCCUUGAACGGAUCCUACUACGGGCCCUACGUGGGCGCCCAGUUCAGCAGCCCGGGUUGGGCCAACCCCUUCGACAACUCCAUGCUGCACUGCCUGCCCAGCCGCGCCGCGCCCCUGGCCGUGCGGCCCUCCGGCACAGCCUUCCCCUUUGCAGAUCUCCUGGAUGAGCUCUCAGAGGGCCGGGAAUGUGUCAAUUGUGGCUCCAUCCAGACCCCCCUGUGGAGAAGGGAUGGCACUGGCAACUAUCUCUGCAAUGCCUGUGGGCUCUACACCAAGAUGAACGGCCUCAGCAGACCCCUCAUCAAGCCCCAGAAGAGAGUGCCUUCUUCAAGACGACUGGGUUUGUCUUGUGCCAACUGUCACACUACGACCACCACCCUCUGGCGUAGGAAUGCAGAAGGGGAGCCUGUGUGUAAUGCCUGUGGCCUGUACAUGAAACUUCACGGGGUGCCCCGACCCCUUGCCAUGAAAAAAGACGGAAUUCAAACCAGGAAACGAAAACCGAAGAACUUAUCUAAGAUAAAGUCAUGUUCGGGUAAUAAUAGCAAUAAUGCCGUUCCUAUGACUCCAACUUCCACGUCUUCUACGAACUCAGACGACUGUAGAAAAAACACGUCCCCUAGCGCACAAACCACAGCCUCAGGGGUAAUCAGUGGAGUGAUGCCUGGCCGGGGAGAGAGCGCCAGUCCCGAGACCAGCACGCUCAAAUAUUCUGGCCAGGAAGGGCUGUACCCUGGCGUCAGCCUGUCCUCCACUGCGGAAGUGACGGCCUCUGUGAGACAGGAUCCUUCCUGGUGUGCCUUGACUCUCACAUGAAUUGGUGACAAAACCACGGUGCUGGAUACUUGCACUGGGCAGCCGCCAUCAACACUUGCGUUGUGUCUUUAGUCGUCGUUGUAUCAAGCAGCCCAAGAAGCAAUGACAAUGAUGACAGGCUCAUUCCUUGCCAGUCGUAUCUGCGCCUUGAUUCUAGAGGUGUUUACUUCCUCCCCUCACCCACCCAC